CCCGCCCCCGCGGGGGAGACAGCGGCUCGCGCGCCCGGCAGCGGGUUCGGCUGCGCGGCGGGACUGAGACGGCCACGGCGGCCCGAGCGCAGGGUGCAGAAGACAUUUGUGUCCUGAUCACCAGAGGGGCGAAAGAGACCAGCGACUCUGCAGGACGAAGCCAAAAAUUUACAAAACUGCAAGGAAAAAAAAAAAAAGGUAGCUCUCUGGACGCCGGGCACAGGCUGAUGGCAGACAAUGUCCACCAGUAACAGCAUUGCCCAGACCCGGAAGCUGGUGGAACAGCUCCGAAUUGAGGCCGGGAUAGAGCGAAUCAAGGUGUCCAAAGCCUCGUCAGAACUCAUGAGUUACUGUGAGCAACACGCGCGCAACGACCCCCUGCUAGUUGGGGUCCCCGCCUCUGAGAACCCCUUCAAGGACAAGAAACCGUGUAUCAUCUUAUAGCGUGUCCCCGGGUCCCCGUCUAUUCCCUCCCCCGCAUCAAGUCCUCAGAGCCCCCACACCUUUCCCGCAGGAAUGCAUGCGGGUAACCAAAUGGGGUGAAGGCACCCACUGGCCGGACAUGGACUUUCCCGCCCCACGAGAUGGCCGCACACCCCGGUGACCAUCCCUCAGGCCACACCGGGAUGGGGGCGUCAGGACCGGGACAGCCGGGAGGGGGUUGCGUGGGGGACCCCUGUGCCACCCCAUUCCCCACCUCCUGUGCCCAGACUUCCACUAUGCCCCCGCCCUGACAGCCCUGGGGAGG